AUGCCAGAUGGCGACCACCGGUUGCGCGUCUUGCGGGCUUGCGAUCGGUGCUCCCAGUCCAAGCAACGCUGCGAUGGCGAACACCCGUGCCAGAGAUGUACCGAACGAAACACCUCCUGCCACUACGAGAAACUCGUUCGAAAACGAGGCCGUCGCCGUCGGACGAGACCUGCGUCAACCGUUCAUCGAGCGAUCGCACCUGGCCCGCCGAGCCUGCACGACUUGAUCAACCCAUCCGAACCGAUGCCGUCGCCGGGGCAGAUGUCGAACGGUAUGCGCAGCCUGAACUCGCUGAGCAGUCCGUCGUACACCGAAGACGACUCGAGGCGAGGGACUGAAACAAAUGGAGCGGACGGAAGGAACCAUCCUGCUUCCAGCUUGGACACUGGCAUCCCUGCGGUCGAAGCCCACCGCGACUCGCCCUUCUUCCACCUCCCCAACCCGUCCAUCUUCCAGGACCUUUUCUUCGGAAGCCAGGGACGUGCACAUAGCCAGGCUGGUUACACUCCACGCGUUGAGAACUGGCUGGACAGGGCGACGCCAAUGGCACAGAGUGACGCCCACGGACUGCCGAUUCACCCAGCCCUAGCGCAGGGAAUCGUUGGCCGAGGACGGUCACAGGGGAAGGUAUACCCUUGCCUAGACGUGCUACUACCUUAUCUCCACGGCAUCCUGUCACCCGAGGAUGCGUCGGAGAUGCUGGAGAUCUACUUCAACGAGCAGCGGAAUCCCAUCUUCAAGGCCUCGUCGCCUUACACCCUGACGCACAUCGUACACCCGUCGUCGGUACUCCAUCCAACGUCCCCACGACCGACGUCUUCCGUCUUGCUUCUGGUCAUGCUCCUCUGCGUGGCGCACACUGCUGACAUCAAGAUCUUCGAUCCGCCUGGUGCUAGGCAGCGGAUUGUCCUGGAUUUGUACAGAUUGGCGCUCGACUUGAUGGAGCCGGUUGAUUGGGAUAAUUACUUUAGGACAUCUGAUGGCUGGCAAUUCCAUCCUCGCGGGGGAUUCACCGACAAAGACGGACGCUCCUCGGUCUCUCAUGCGGCGAGGAGCGGGCUCAUACCCGACUUCCUCGGGGCGACUGAUGUCAUACUCGCCAUGGUGAUCCUUGCGCUCGUCAUAUCUGGAGGCCAUUUCAAAGCCGACUGCCUGAAGUGGUGGUCCAAGGCUGUUCGACUUACUCGAGCCAGUGGUCUGAGCAUGGAAGACCAGGACCUCCAGGGCAACGUUCCUCACCUGCAAAUAAACCCCGACAGUGGAUCCAAGCGCACAACGCUGAUUGCAAAGGAAGAGCGUCGCAGACUGUUCUGGCUGAUCUACUGCCUCGAUCGGCAUCUUGGGCUGUCGUUGAACGCGCCCGUGAACUUCCCCGAGGGCACAUUCGCCGUUGCAGAGCCACUGCCUGAAGCAAUCUGGCAGGACAUUGAAACCGCAGAUCUCACCUCCAAUCUCCCGCCUCGUCUUGGCCCACCGGCGAGGAUAACGGGGUAUGGCUUCUUCGAGUACUUCCUCCCUCUGGCCACAGUGCUCGGGCAUAUCAUCGACUUCCACCACAUCCAGAAACAUCCCCUUCUCGGCGAUACACUUAACCACGCCGCCAUUCAAAAGAUCGAGACACUGAUAUCCCAGCGAGAACAGGACCUGGUGGAGAUGCAGGAGAAACUCGACAGCCCCCUUCAAAACCGUCCAGUUGAUCCAUUCACCUUCCCUGCCGUGCCGACAGUCAAUUCGAAGAAACCAUUGGUAAUCGCGUAUAGCUCCCACAUGCUCCACGUCUUCUACAUCCUCCUCCACGGCAAAUGGGAUCCGAUAUCCAUGAUCGAAGACGAAGACGACUGGAUCACCUCAAACAGUUUCCAGGCCUGCGCAUCGCACGCUCUCAGCGCCACUGCAGCCGUCCACCAGAUCCUCACUCUCGACCCGGAGCUAACCUUCAUGCCGUACCUCUUCGGGAUAUACCUGCUUCAAGGAAGUUUCAUCCUCCUGCUCUUCGUCGACCGGAUGCCGGAGCUGGGCUUCAACAAGUCGGUUGAGGAAGUCUGCGAGACGAUCAUUCGUGCGCAUGAAGUCAGCGUCGUUACGCUGGACACGACGUUUCAGAAAAACAUUCGCAAGGUCUUUCGCUCGAUGCUCCAUGAUGCUCAGCAAGCGGAUCCGCAGUUCCGGGAGACGCACAAGGCGAGGAGGAGGGAGAUUCUGUCGCUGUAUCGAUGGACGCGGACGUCGCAUGGAUUGGCGUAUUGA